AUGUUCCAAGGAGGUAGUACAUACGAUGUCAUUCCAGAUUAUGUCACAAUCGGUGGCACCUACCGAGCUUUUUCUAAACAAAGCUUCAACCGUCUGAGAGUGAGGAUUGAACAGAUUAUCGUCGCACAAGCUGCUGUGCAUAGGUGCAAUGCGACUGUGGACUUCCUUAAUGGAGUAAAACCUAGCUAUCCUCCAACUGUAAACAAUGGUGACUUGCAUGAGCAUUUUGUGAAUGUUGCAGUGAAUAUGCUUGGUGUCAAUAAAGUUUAUAGUGCCAUGCCACCGGCCAUGGGAGCAGAAGACUUUGCAUGCUAUCAACAGGUCAUUCUCGGUUACUUCUUCAUGCUUGGAGUGAAGAAUGCUUCUCAUAAACAGUUUGAGUCAUCAUUACACUCACCUUAUCUCGAAAUCAAUGAAGAUGGACUCCCAUAUGGAGCUUCACUUCAUGCAUCAUUAGCUGCCAAUUAUCUUCUAAAACAUCAGCAUGAUGUACCUAAUUUUCAGUUUCGAUCCUGGAAUGGUUUUGAAUUGAUAACUCUCUGA